UGGAGACAGAGGUUUGGCAAAGGGGUCGUGAUCCAAAGAUUGAAAACCACUGAUCUAUAUACCACUAUGUAAGUGAGGUACCAUCUGUCUUUUUGGGGUCUGUUUGUUCUUGGACUGACCUCAGCACAUCCUGUGGCCCUCAGGAAAGUCCUGCCAGGGUCACCGACAAUUGGGAGAUUGGACAAGCAAGGACUGAGCUUGGCUGGCGGCUGGCAGCCCUGGGGCAUUUUCUGACUCAUUUUGACACCUUCCUAAGGCUUUCUGCUGUUGCUGUCCUAGAGAGUGGCUGUCCCAGAAAACCAUCCUGUUAUUGAUCACUGUGGGACCAGGAAGCUCAAUCCCCAAGGGUGAAGUGUGGUUUGGAUGCUCGACUACCCUGGGAACGUGUAAGUCUUGACGAGCUGCAGUCCGUGGCUCUUCUUCCCAUCAGGCUCCCCUCGAAAUAAAUACAUGUCUCACAAAAUUGCUCGCGGACUGCUAUGCUCGGCUGGGAAGUUCCACCAGUCCUUGUGCAGGGAAGUUGUGAGCUGUGAGUGUGGUAUGGAGAGGGGAGAGAUGCCCGUGGAAGGGCAGGAUGGGCGGCCUGUUCCCGUGUGGCUGGGUGAAUCCCAGCGACGCAAGUGUGUUGGGGGAACGCUGCAAAGGGCCGCUUGGCCAAAUGGGCGGAGUCUUCAUUAGAGAAGACCCGGAUAUGGAGCCGAGGCGCAGAUGCGCCCUCUCUUGGACUGUGGAGGGGCUUGCCGAAGCCACGGAGAAAGUGCGGCUUGGUGACCUUCCCCACCGCCCAUCAGGAACUAGCAGCGGGAGUAGCGGAUUGCUGUGCCCCUGGGAACAGCGAGAUAGCGGCCGCGCAGCCGGACUCUUCUUUCUGACCUAUCACAUUUGGUGUGGAAAGUGUUGCUGGCUGUGAGGAAACCAGAUUUUAGAGAGCAGCGUCCACACUCCAUACAGGAAUCUAUUCUACGUAAUGGGUAUGAGUGAUUCUGCUAAGUUCCUACAACACCCAGGGCCCUGUGAUAACUGCUGAAAUCCUACCUGCUGCCUGUGUGUCUGACUGUGUAGAGACCUGAUUCUCAGGACAGCUUGCUAUUGACACGUUGAAAAUCCAUCCUCAGCCCAUUGAAUCUUGCAGCUGAGAGUCAGAUCUCCACUGUCUUCUGUGUGCUGUGUCCAUCGGAGAGAGAAUCAUGGGUCGAAGAGUUCUGGAAGCAGCCAGCUUCUCUCUGGUCUUGCUAGGCUGGCUAGUGGCCAUUAUCAGCUGUGGCCUGCCCUUGUGGAUUGUGACGAAAGUUUCUGAAGAGAACAGCAUUUGGGAGGGCCUGUGGAACAUCUGUGAUGCGGAAAUACACCAGAACGUGAUCUGCAUGCCCUACAACUCAAACCUGGUCAUGUCACAGGAGCUGCAGGGGUCUCGCGUUCUAGUGGUCAUCUGCAUCAUCAUCAUCUCAAUGGGUUUGCUGCUGUACAUGAUCAGAAAUAAGCUCAUCAAAGAUGAGUCAAAUAUGAACAAUGAAGGCAAGAUCAAGAUGGCGGCAAGUGGAUUGUUCGUGGGGGCUGGUCUGCUGCUGCUGGUGUCUGUGUCCUGGGUAACACACAAUGUCAUCAUUGACAUGAACAACUCUACAUAUGACCCCCAGUGGAAACCAAAGAUGGGAGCCUCACUCUACCUGGGCUGGCUCAGCUCCCUGCUGCUUCUCCUGGGAGGGGCCCUACUGGGAGGGGCCCUGCUGUGGUGCCAGGCCCCACUAACCAUGAGCAGCCUGUCCCAGUGAGGGACCUGACAAUACCCAGCUCACUCUUUCCGAGUGCUCCCAGGAAGGGCCCUCUUCUGAGAACAACCAUGUAUCAGUUGGCCCAAUCUGUGUUUUGGAUUUCUCAAUCUGUAGACAGCUCAGACCACCUUGUGACUGUUUAUUAUUCUGUAGAUGUUUCCUUCUGACUGAAAUACCUCUGGCCUGAUGGAAGAAGGAGAACUAGGAAGCUCAAAGCCUCCAGUGCCCUCCUCAGCCUCAGGGAACUGCUGCUGGGGAUACAAGGGAAGAGAAAACUCCUCCAUGGACCUGGCUGCAAACUGGCCCAGGGGACCUCCUGGAUGCAGCUGUCAUGAAUCAGCACAAUGUUGUGGUGCCUUUCCUGUGAAUGCAGCUGAUGAGUCACCCAUAAACAUGGGACCCCAAUAAAGUCACUGGUCCUCUAA